CUGGUCCAGCAUCUCUGCGCAGGCAGUGGGGCAAAUGUAGAUGUAAAAAUAUCAUUUGAAAAUAUGUAAUCGUGGAAUAAGUUUUUGGCGUUGGCAGCUUGCGAUGAGGGAAGGAAAAUAUGGAAAAGAUCGGAUUUUAUGUUGCGCCUCUGUGGAGCACGGACCGUUAUAUUGAGAGAAAUAAUGCGGAAUAUUUCCCCCUGUAGGUGUUAACGCAGAAAAUACAAGAUGAAGAAGCAAUUCAAUCGGAUGCGACAGCUCGCCAACCAAACGGUGGGAAGGGCAGAGAAAACAGAGGUGUUAAGCGAGGACCUUCUACAGGUGGAGAAGCGUCUGGAUCUGGUCAAGCAGGUGACACACAGCACUCACAAAAAGCUAACUGCCUGCCUGCAGGGUCAGCAAGGGACUGAUGUGGAGAAGAGAUCUGUCAAGUCACCUUCUAAAAAACUACCGCUCACCAUCCUGGCACAAUGUAUGGUAGAGGGGGCUGCAGUGUUGGGGGAUGACUCUCUCCUGGGGAAGAUGCUGAAGCUGUGUGGGGACACAGAAGAGAAGUUGGCCCAGGAGCUCAUCCAGUUUGAGUUUGAGAUAGAGAGAGAUGUGGUAGAGCCUCUCUAUGUGCUCGCUGAGGUGGACAUUCCCAACAUCCAGAAACAGAGGAAGCACUUAGCUAAACUUGUUUUGGACAUGGACUCUUCUCGAACAAGAUUUCAGCAGUCGUCCAAGUCAUCCAGUCACCCGAGCACACUGCAGCCAGGCGCCAAGUCAGAGUCCCUCAGAGAGGAGAUGGAGGAAGCAGCCAAUCGGAUGGAGAUUUGUAGGGAUCAAUUGUCAGCAGAUAUGUACAGUUUUGUGGCCAAAGAAAUAGACUAUGCAAAUUACUUCCAGACACUGAUAGAAACGCAAGCAGAAUAUCACAGGAAGUCAUUAGAGAUUCUUCACAGUAUCCUGCCCCAGAUUAAAGCUCACCAAGAGGCGUGGGUGGAGAAGCCGUCAUUUGGCAAGUCUCUGGAGGAACACCUGAAUAUAAGUGGGAGAGAGAUUGCCUUCCCCAUCGAAGCUUGUGUCACAAUGCUGUUAGAGUGUGGCAUGCAAGAGGAGGGCCUCUUCAGAGUGGCUCCGUCAGCCUCCAAGCUAAAGAAGCUGAAAGCAUCCCUGGACUGUGGAGUUCUGGAUGUGCAGGAGUACUCCGCUGACCCACACGCCAUUGCAGGGGCUCUGAAAUCAUACCUCCGUGAGCUCCCCGAGCCACUGAUGACCACUGAACUUUAUGAUGAAUGGAUUCAGGCCUCCAACAUUCAAGAUAUGGACAAGAGACUACAAGCAUUACUGGCAGCGUGUGAAAAACUCCCCACAGACAAUGCAAACAAUUUCAGAUAUCUAAUCAAAUUCUUAGCCAAGCUAAGUGACUACCAAGAUGAAAACAAGAUGACUCCCGGUAAUAUGGCGAUUGUUCUUGGCCCUAACUUGCUUUGGACACACACUGAACCAAACAUGACAGAGAUGAUGACCACCCUGUCCCUACAGAUUGUUGGCAUCAUUGAGCCCAUUAUCCAGCAUGCUGACUGGUUCUUCCCUGGAGAGAUUGAAUUCAACUUGACAGGCAGCUACGGCAGCCCGAUCCACACCAACCACAACUCCAACUACAGCUCCAUGCCCUCACCAGACAUGGACCAAUCUGAUCGCAAGCAGCAGCACGACCAGAGCCGACGCCCACUGAGCGUCGCCACUGACAACAUGAUGCUGGAGUUUUACAAGAAGGAUGGUAUGGGCGUCCGGGUUAUGGAUACUUCCUGGGUGUCUCGUAAGGGUUCAACUACGCUGGCGCGCAAGACCUCCUCCACCCCUCCAGGCAUGCAAGGCCCCGGCUCCCCGGCAGACACUCUCAUCCCCGAGCAGCCUGGAGAGCUCGCCAUCUCCCCGUCCGCGACACCGCCACCUGGAGAAAGGGUUUGUUCAUUGAAGAGUAAAGAGCUCUCACCUGUAACCGGACACAAACCCAUCCAGGUGGCAGGUCCAACAGUCCCUCCCAGCUGUAGUCCUCAGAGCAGUAGCCAGUCCCCCCACUCCACAGAGCACAGUCCACACACCCUGCGCCAAGGUUCCAAGAAGUUGGCCCCUGUGCCUCCCAAGGUCCCUUACAGCCAGUCUUGCGGGAUGUCCGACCAGUCCACAGGUCAGCCGUCACCGGUCAGCCUGUCCCCCACACCUCCUAGCACCCCCUCCCCUUAUGGACUGGCCUGCCCUCCAGGGCAAGUGCCCCCAUCAUCCCCUGGGCAGACCCCAUUGGGAGCACCUCACUCUCUUUCGUCUCCACCCUCCCUGACUGGAACGCUCACCAAGUCGCGGUCCGCCCCUAAGCCCAGGCAGAGACCCAGUCUGCCCCCUCCUCAGCCACCCACAGCCCCUCCGGGGUUUACCGGCAUGGCCAUGGCCCCAAUUCCCCAGCCCCUCGAGCAGGGCCUCCUGGAUGGACUGUCUCCCGGGGAGAGCAUGUCUACAGGUAAACAUCAGCCCUUGGCAACAUCCCCUCCGCCACCACAGGUGGGGCUACAGAGGCCCUCUCUCAGACUUGCUGUGGCUCUGUCCAAUGGAGACGGUGGACGAGUGUAGGACUCUGUAGGACCUGUCACUGUAGAUAUAAAAAAUACCUUUCCCCUUUAUUGACUGUUCCCAAACGAAUGUCUGAAUGAAUAAAAGUUGCCUUUUAGACACAGAUGCCUGAGAAUGAUAUAAAUAUUAGCAUUUUUGUGCUACUGUAGUGAGCAAAUCUCCUUGACCUAUGUAUUCAUUGCUUGUGUUAUGUGAUGAUGUUUCUGGGUAAUGUGUGGAAACAUCAGAGAAGCAUAGCUCGUCCUGCUUGUAUGGAAGUUGCCAUUAGAUUCAUCAUGUGCUCUCUGUUUAUCUGUGUUACCCAGACCCUCACUUGGCAGAGGUAGGUCAGAGGCUUACACACCAGUCCAGUCUCUCUUACUGUGUAGCAGGUGUGGAAACCUAGCCAGACAAACCCCACACAUAUCUACAGUAUGAUGUUCUGAUGAUGAGGUGUUCUGUCAUUAUAUACCAAUCAUUCUGUCACUUUGCUAUAUUUAUCAUUCUCUCUCCCCCUGCUACUAUU